GGUCCGCGCGCGCGGCCAUGGAGCUAGAGGUGCCGGACGAGGCGGAGAGCGCCGAGGCGGGGGCCGUGACCUCGGAGGCGGCUUGGGCCGCGGAGAGCGGGGCGGCGGCAGGCUUGGCCCAGAAGAAGAUGGCCCCAACGGAGGCCCCACUGAUGACUGGACAGCCGGGUCCUGGCCAUGGGAAGAAGCUGGGUCAUCGGGGUGUGGACGCCUCUGGUGAAACCACCUACAAGAAGACCACCUCGUCCACCCUGAAGGGAGCCAUCCAGCUGGGCAUCGGCUACACCGUGGGCAACCUGAGCUCCAAGCCGGAGCGCGACGUGCUCAUGCAGGACUUCUAUGUCGUGGAGAGCAUCUUCUUCCCCAGUGAAGGCAGCAACCUCACCCCCGCCCACCACUUCCAGGACUUCAGGUUCAAGACCUACGCCCCCGUUGCCUUCCGCUAUUUCCGGGAGCUCUUCGGGAUCCGACCUGACGAUUACUUGUACUCGCUGUGCAACGAGCCACUGAUCGAGCUGUCCAACCCUGGUGCCAGCGGCUCCUUGUUCUACGUCACCAGCGACGACGAGUUCAUCAUCAAGACAGUGAUGCACAAGGAGGCCGAGUUCCUGCAGAAGCUGCUACCCGGCUACUACAUGAACCUCAACCAGAACCCGAGGACGCUGCUGCCCAAGUUCUAUGGGCUGUACUGCGUGCAGUCGGGCGGCAAGAACAUCCGCGUGGUGGUCAUGAACAACAUCCUGCCGCGGGUCGUCAAGAUGCACCUCAAGUUCGACCUCAAGGGCUCCACGUACAAGCGGCGGGCCAGCAAGAAGGAGAAGGAGAAAACCAUCCCCACCUACAAGGACCUGGACUUCAUCCAGGACAUGCCCGAGGGGCUGCUGCUCGACGCCGACACCUUCUCCGCGCUCGUCAAGACGCUGCAGCGGGACUGCCUGGUGCUGGAGAGCUUCAAGAUCAUGGACUAUAGUCUACUCCUGGGCGUGCACAACAUCGACCAGCAGGAGCGCGAGCGGCAGGCCGAGGGUGCCCAGAGCAGCGCGGACGAGAAGCGGCCGCUGGGCCAGAAGGCGCUCUACUCCACGGCCAUGGAGUCCAUCCAGGGCGGGGCCGCGCGGGGUGAGGCCAUCGAGUCAGACGACACGAUGGGCGGCAUCCCCGCCGUGAACGGCCGUGGCGAGCGUCUGCUGCUGCAUAUCGGCAUCAUUGACAUUCUGCAGUCCUACAGGUUCAUCAAGAAGCUGGAGCACACCUGGAAGGCCCUCGUGCAUGACGGGGACACCGUCUCUGUCCACCGGCCCAGCUUCUAUGCCGAGCGCUUCUUCAAGUUCAUGAGCAACACGGUCUUCCGGAAGAAUUCCUCCCUGAAGUCCUCACCAUCCAAGAAGGGCCGUGGUGCCUUGCUGGCCGUCAAGCCCCUGGGGCCCACCGCUGCCUUCUCGGCCAGCCAGAUCCCCAGCGAGCGCGAGGACGCACAGUACGACCUCCGUGGGGCCCGCAGCUACCCCACGCUAGAGGACGAAGGCCGGCCCGACCUCCUGCCCUGCACACCGCCAUCUUUCGAGGAGGCCACCACCGCCUCCAUCGCUACAACCCUGUCCUCCACGUCGCUCUCCAUCCCGGAGCGGUCUCCCUCGGAGACAUCGGAGCAGCCGCGGUACCGGCGGCGCACGCAGUCUUCGGGACAGGAUGGCCGGCCCCAGGAGGAGACCCACGUGGAGGAGGAUCUGCAGCAGAUCACGGUGCAGGUGGAGCCCGCGUGCAGCGUUGAGAUCGUGGUCCCCAAGGAGGAGGACACGGGGGUGGAGGCUUCUCCAGCCGCUGCUGCUGCCGAAGCAGAAACCACCAGCCAGGCCUCGGAGCCCGCCAGCCAGGCCUCGGACGAGGAGGACGCACCCGCCACAGACAUCUACUUUUUCACCGAUGGGAGGUACUGGAUUUACUCUCCCCGGCAUCGCCGACUGCGGGCCGUGACGCUGAGCUCCUCAGGGACUGUAAGUGACCACAGCAGGCGUCCAGGGAGCCCAGCCCCCAUUCCACCACCCGGGGCAGCAGGGAGCUGCAGGUUCUGGCUGUCCCUCAUCCUCUGAGAAGGGACUUGGGGAAAGAAUCAUCACGACGAGGCUGGUCAUGUGUCCCCCAGUGAUGUCACUUAGGUACCCCUGAGGUGGGCAUUGCUAGGCCUGCAGGCUUACAGCCGGGGCUAAGGGGACUUGGCCGUGAUGGUGGGGUCUGCAUCUGACCGCAGCCCCAGCCUGAGUCAGGGACAAGUUGGUGGACACUUGUCCUGUGUUCAGACCUGGCUGCCAAUGGCUCCCCAAGGGGCUUCUGCCCUUGGGUCAGCAAAGCCAAGCUCUUAACUGCAGGAGAGAGGAGGUAUAUUUCCAUACCCACUUCACAGUGGGGAAACCACGGUCUCAGCUCCCCAGGAAGCCCACAAGAGGGCACGGUUUAGAGAAAACCUGGGUCCGAAUUCCCAAGCAUCCCCUGUGUCUCGCAGACACCCAUCUGCCCGUUUUGUUUGGGACGCUGUGUGGAGAUCAUGUAGCAAUGGUGUUAUCAGAACCCGUUAUUGUCCUCAUGAGCAAUAAAUGAGGGGCCCAGAGAGGCCAGGUAACCUGCCCAGAGCCACACAGCGCUCAAGCAGGCAGAACCGGUUGAACAGAACAGGCCUGGAGCAGGAGUUUCUCUUCUCAAGAUGAGGGCCCUCGGAGGCUCACACGCCCAGCCCCAGAUGCCUCUGAGUGUCACUGGGCGUCCAGCUCUGCCAAGCAAACCCAAGAAGUGGAAGCCACUUCCCCAGAUGUUCCCACCGUGCUGUGUCCCACUGAGACAGGGAUGCCACUCCCCUAAGAUGAUCCAAGAGCUGGGGAUACAUAGCAGGUCCUGAGGGCCCCUCAUGGGGGGAGCGGCUUAUAAAGGCGGCCCAGAGAGGGGUUGUGCCCCCCCCAGGUGUGGGGAGGUGGGAGAAGGAAGGGCGGACUCUGUCGAGGGCACAGCAGAAGCCGGUGGGGGGCCCACAGGAGCAGGGGGGCAGCAAGGGUGCAGGCUGGCUGCAAGGGGCCUGAGGGCUGCAGCGCUGGGGACAUGCGUCUGUGGCUCCAGUUCUGUGGGUCCGCGCAGGAUUCUGGGUCCUGCUGCCCGCGAUCCCUCCGUCUGUCGGGCCGGCUCUUUGCAGAGUUCAGGUGGAGACUCUCUUGUCCUACUUCUGGCCCCAGAGAGGCAGCUACCAGGCUCUACACACGUGCUGUGGCAGCCCCGUGCAGGACACUGGGUGUGGGCAGCCCCAGGCAGGCCCCAUCCCUGGACUUCCAGGCAGGCUCCGGUUUUUGUGUGCUGUGACCCCUGUGCUGUGAGCAGGGCCCCUGUGCCCUGGUACCAGUCGGUCCGUGGAUGAACGGCCUUCGGGAUGUGUGUGGCCCUGGGCCAGGUGCUGAGGCAAGAGUGAGCUGCCCACGACGCCCAGUGGGUCAGGUGCCUUGUGCGGGUGCCCGCAGUCUGGCCCGGGAGGGCGGGUUCUGCAGUGAGAGCUGUAAGAGGGGCAGGGAGGAGCGGGCACAGAGGUGAGGAGAGCCGGUGGGGGCCCCAAGGGGCGGCCAGGGCAGGGGUCCUGCGUUCACCAGGAGAGCACGGAGGCGGCCUACUGGUGCUUGUCCUUCAUGAGGCUCGGAUGAAGCCACCCGUGGAGAGGCGAGGCUGGAAAGGCGAGGCUGGGCGUCACCAUCCCACGGAGGAGGGGCAGAUCUGGGGGCUCAUUGGGUGUGGCCUCCCUGGCUCUAGCCAGGGUGAGUGCCUGCUCAGGCCACGUACUCCAAACAGAGGCCGGGCAAGGGGGGUAGGUGCACAGGCGGUGAAGACUGGGGGUGAUGGGGGUCCCUGGGAAAGAGGAAGAAUGAGAAGGGGGCUGUGGGGGUUCUUGCCGUGAGAACCCCAGGAAGGACAGGUGCUGGAGGAACGUGCGCUCCCCGCCCCCCAGGCUGACCCAGAAUGGGGCCCAUUUCCCUGAUGCGGCUGGAGGAAAAGCAGCCCACCCUCUGGCUGGGCCUCUGUUACUUACUUGCUGUGUGGCCGGGGCCUCAGUGUCCCCCGGCCGAUCUGUGCGUUUGGGCACGAGGAGAUGGGCCCCACCCUGCGCCCCCGACUGCGCUCAUCACCCAGGCCCCCCAGGGGAGGGUCCUGCGUGCCCUGCUCCAGUCCGUGGCCCCGGUGCCUACCGGGGCCGCGCAGCAGGCAGGAUCUGA